AUGUCGCAGGGCCGGCGGCAAGGCAGUAACAACACCCACUGCAACCCGUUUUUUGCUAAUCAUCCCCUUUCCCCUGCUUCCACCACCCAGUGUCUGGCGUACCCGUCAUCAAAGAACGGACUUAUUCCCCGAGACUACUUAGGACCGCGAUUUGAUACCCAGACCUUACCGCCCGACUGUGCUUCUAGUCCUCCUCCUCGCAAACCCAUACCGUCGCCUGCAGUUCCGACGAGUGCACAGGUACAAUCCGCGGCUCAGCCCAAAUCACCUCCGUCUCGAUGUUCGCUUUCGCCUAAAUCUUCGGGAAACGUCUCCCCUUUCCAAAGUGCCUCCCCUUCGGGCCAUCGUGCUCAUGCAACAUCUCCGAUUCGUUUCGAUAGCGGCUCCAGGACGUUCAACCUUUUUGAAGCGACGGCCAGCAUUGUAGGGCCUGGAUCAAAGCAGUAUGAUAUGGAUCUGAACGGAGAAUCAGGUGAUAAACGGUCGCACAAGGGUCAAGGAUUAUUCAGUCGGGAUAUGUCCAUAACGCCUCCUUCGAUGUCGCCAGUCAACUCUUUACAGUCGAUGUCAGGCAAGCGACAAGGCCAACGUACAAUGCCCCGCACCUCAUCGAUUGACUCAGCGAUCUCGUCCCUGUCAUCUACAUCACAACCCAAUAAAUCAUCUUUCGACGCGAAUGCGUUGAGUGAGGCUGAUAUUGGAAACUUGAUAGCUACUGCGGGGUCGGCCGAAGCUGUUAUUAUACACCUUUUGAAAGAAAAGCAUCAUGCAGCGUCGCAAAAUUCUCAGCUUUGGAGGCUAGUCGACAAGCAGCGCACACUCAUCUUAGGGCUAAACAAAGAUCUCGAACGCACUACGAAGGAAAAGGAGCGAUAUAGGAAGAAGGUCAAGGAAUUACAGAGUAUGCCACCGCCGCUACCGAAUUCGACGAGUGAAUUUGUGUUAUCGCAACGGGCCGUUGAUGUUGAUUCUAAGUUUGGUCAAGAACAGCCGAAAGAAACCGGACUGGAAAACGGGGGAACGUUGCCCAAUUACGAAGGUCUUAAUCUGAAAGAAGACAAUAACCGCUUGGACGGUCCCCCGGCAACUGACAGCCAGGAUUCUUUCGGACCGAUCGAACCCCCCAAGCAGAAUAUCAAUGGAAGCCUUGCAACGCCAGGCUACCAAUCGUCAUUCAACCCCCGUCAAGUAUUGUCCACAACUAGCCCAAAGUCCUUUACGAGCACCAGCUCUGCCAGAAGUGACUUUGGGCCGAGCGGCGACAAGUUACAAAGAGUACCUCAACCCAUUCGAAAGCCUCCUCCAGCGCCACUCAAUCUCGACCAAGGUGAUCAUAUACCCGUUAACAAUGUGGAAGAUUCCGAUUCAGGGUCUGAGUAUGAGGAUAUCCUGGCAGUGGACGAGUUCCCGGCAGAGCGCGGCAGAAGGCGGACGAGAGAUGAAGAUGAUGUGGAUCGUGAAGCCAUUCGUGUAACGGACAAGGACUUUCUCCAUGGAAGCUUGGUGAAGGACGCACACAGCCCACGUGCCGCUGGACCGUCGUCAAACCAACAGCAACUACCACCUAUCAAUCGUGCAGAGCCCGAUCACUCAAGUCCUCUUAUGGCACGUGCAGGAUCGCUACGUGCCCAUCCGAUAAUCACUAUUCCUAAGAGUCCUGGGCUACCAAUCAGCCCUCGGCCUGAAGACCGCCCUCUUGGAUCUCCUCUGCCGCGUUUGCCCAGAGAGAUCCCCAACUCCUUGAUUUCUUUGCCUUUGUCCUCGGAAAGCACACUGUCAGGGCUGGCAUUGUCUCCCCGAAACGCCAGCCAUCCCAAUUUCUCUGCCGCAGAUUCUACAACCACAGAACUUAACAGCGCUGUACAUGGCUUAGCCCCUGGUGAAUCUCUUAUUCAACAUGCGCCCUCUGGUGGUGGAGCUGUUAAGAUUGAAACACCUCAGUCUCCUUCUAUGAGAAUUAACGGAGUCUAUCGGGGCUUUAUCUCAGAUGACUAUCCAAACCUUUUGUUGCCCCCAAACGCACUGCCACUAAUUCAUGUGAAAGUAUCGUCUUCACGCCUUCGGCCAUCCCGAAACAGCUAUCUAGCUCCGAGGCCAUCGGAAGAGGAGCCAGUAUUUACUCUAGGUGUGUUCUCUAGAUCUGACAAUAAAGAGCUCUGGCGGGUCGAAAAGGUCAUUGCAGCUCUUCCUCUUCUUGAUCAACACUUAAGGCAGGUAGUCCACUGGAGAAGCAGGUUACCAGACCGAGCUAUAUUUAGCGGACAUUCACCUGCCAAAGUCGAUGCGAGACGCGCCGUUUUAGACUGCUAUUUCGAAACACUUCUUGAAACGCCUAUGGACGAGAAGGCGGCUUUAAUAGUAUGCCAGUUCCUUACCUCUGACGCUAUAGAAGCUCGAGACGAUGAGAUGAGCCUAUUGCAAGGGAACAGCCUAGCUGGUAUUGAGAUCCGGCGUGGUCCGGAUGGUAAACCUCGCAAAGAGGGCUAUUUGACAAAGAGGGGGAAGAAUUUUGGGGGAUGGAAAGCUAGAUACUUCGUUCUGCAUGGCCCCGAGCUCAAGUACUUCGAAUCUCCCGGUGGCCCUCAUUUGGGAACCAUUAGGAUCCACAACGCUCAGAUUGGAAAGCAGUCCCCAAAUGUAACCAGCCAGCAGGCCUCUCCUUCUCGCGUCGAAGAAGACUCUGAUAAUCAGUAUCGUCAUGCCUUCCUCAUACUUGAGCCGAAGAAAAAAGACUCCUCAGCUCUUGUGCGUCACGUUCUGUGCGCCGAGAGUGAUGAGGAAAGGGAUGCUUGGGUUGAUGUCCUUUUGGAGUACGUUGAGGUACAGGCAGAGGAAAAUGAAGGAUCUUAUGGCACAUCCUCAAAAGUGCAAGUGCCUUCUGGGAAGCUUGCCAUGGACGCGCCUACAAAGUCUAGGCUGUUUCCUAACGCUAACCACAAAAAGCAAAACAGGGGAUUUGAUCAUCGAGACUUCGAAGGUCUCGAUGUUGUUCAGGGAUUUAGUUAUGAUGAUGCCGUUCCCGCUGAACCUCCGGUCCUGGGGCCCCCAGGGGAUAGGCAGGCUCCCAAAUCUCCCCUGGUAUUCUCGGGGCCACCGACAGAUGGUCAAGACUAUAACCAGGACUACGGACAAUCCGCUUCAAAAGUCAUCUCUGGUCCCACCAAUGGGACGGUAAUACAAGACGCCGGGGCCUGGGGUAACAAAACAGCAACAAGCGUCAAAGAGAAAAAACGAAGUAUCUGGGGUUUCCGCACGAGGUCCUCAAUGGAUCUAGCCUCACAACUUCAGGCAGCUUAUGACAGCCCAGCAUCCCAGAUUCUUAGUACUCUUGAGAAAAGGGAAAUUGUGAGGCCAGUCUUCGGGUUGCCCCUGGCCGAGGCAGUGCAACUUUGCGCACCUCAGGGGCUUGAUGUCGGACUCCCUGCUGUGGUUUAUCGCUGCAUAGAAUAUCUCAAAGCCAAGGGUGCAGAGUUGGAGGAAGGAAUAUUCCGUCUAAGCGGUUCGAAUGUUGUCGUGAAAGCGCUUAAGGAACGGUUCAACAACGAAGGCGACGUGGACUUCCUCGCCGAUGACGAGUAUCAUGAUGUGCAUGCUGUUGCAUCUCUAUUCAAGCAAUACCUCCGAGAGCUUCCCACGACCGUCCUAACCCGCGAACUGCACUUGGAUUUCCUGCGAGUCCUCGAACUUCAGGAAAAGAAACAGAGAAUCACGGCAUUUAAUGUCCUUGUCCACCGACUACCCAAGCCGAAUCUCGCUUUGCUACGUGCAUUGGUCCAGUUUUUGAUGAUUAUCGUCAACAAUUCCGACAUCAACAAGAUGACGAUCAGAAAUGUUGGAAUUGUGUUUGCGCCCACCCUCAACAUACCAGCGCCGGUUUUCUCUACCUUUCUCACUGAUUAUGAGGAGAUUUUUGACGAGCUACCAGAUUUUAGCGACGAAACGAUAGAGUCUCAUGAAGAUUUUGCUUCUGGUUCCGAGGCCUUCCGUUUCACUCACCGUCAGGUGCUACCAGAUCCUGCUCUGUUCAAUCACGGUCGGACAGUGAAUCAGGAGCAACUGGGUCCGCCACACGAUGCUUAUACGCAUCCAGAGUGUGUCUCUAGCUUUACGAAAACGAGCUACGAGACUCUCACCAGCAACGCUGGCUUGGAAGGGUCUCAAUCGCUUCAGUCAAACUUGCCUUUUGUUAACACGAUGUUGUCGCCGAAUGUCCACAAUACACGUUCUGCUAAGGCCAAAAGGAGGGAAAGCUCUCUUCUUUUUAUGGAUACCAACAACCAUAUUUUCUCGCCUCCAGUGCAAGAUGAACCAGCUGCUUGACAUGAGAUUGUAGGAUCCUGAGGUUUCGCGAGACAGCUGUAUCAAAUAGACCUCAAACAUUCGCUUGCGAUGACGACAAGCGGCCUACAUUUACCCACUCACCGACUCAGUGGAUGGUGAUUGUCUCUAUGCUCGUUCAUCCUUCAUGUUCUCUACGCCUAUAUUGCACCCCCUUCAUCCCUGAUCA